AUGGAAUGGGCAAAUUACAAUCUACCCAACUCACGGAUCUUCCCAAAGCAGGGAUAGGAGCCUCCUAUAUCAACCCCUGAAUGGGUGGAGAACUGGGCACCUACAAGAGAGCCGGGGCUAGGCCAUACAAUCCAAGAAGGCUCCUGUGGAGCCUCCCCGUGAUAUUCCUCCAGAAGCCCAUGCUCUUAAUAAUUGGAUAUUUGAAAGAACAAGAUGACAGUCAUCAGGAAUUUGAGCAGAGCCAUCAGCCAGGUGCUGCAGAGCCCUGGUUGUGGAUGUCAGACUUCCAUUGUCCCUGUUAGAUGUAUUGGUGUGUCGCCACGCCAGGUGACUUCCGAUGCCAGCUUUCAUUCAGCAUCUUUUUCAGAAACUGAUCACCCUCGGGUGCUAAUUACAGGAGGUCUUGGGCAGCUUGGAGUGGGACUUGCCAAACUUUUGAGGAAACGUUUUGGAAAGAACAACGUGAUCCUUUCUGACAUAAGAAAGCCUGCGGAUAAUGUUUUUUAUAGUGGCCCUUUUAUCUACUCAGACAUCUUGGACUACAAGAAUCUUCGUGAGAUAGUGGUGAACAAUCGAAUUACUUGGCUGAUUCAUUAUAGUGCUUUGCUCAGUGCUGUUGGAGAAGCAAAUGUUCCUUUGGCCAGAGCUGUAAAUAUCACUGGUUUACACAACAUUCUUGAUAUUGCAGCUGAGCACAGCUUACGACUCUUUGUCCCUAGCACAAUUGGAGCCUUUGGGCCUACUUCACCUCGAAACCCAACUCCUGACCUCUGCAUUCAGAGACCAAGGACGAUUUAUGGAGUCUCCAAGGUCCAUGCUGAGCUCAUGGGAGAGUACUACCAUUACCGGUAUGGCCUGGACUUCCGGUGUCUGAGAUAUCCAGGAAUUAUAUCUGCUGAUUCCCAGCCUGGUGGGGGAACCACUGACUACGCAGUCCAGGUUUUCCAUGAUGCCAUAAAAACUGGCAAAUUCCAGUGCAACCUGAAACCAGACACACGCCUCCCAAUGAUGUACAUUGACGACUGCCUGAAGGCUACAUUGGACGUCAUGGAAGCUCCUGCAGAGCUGCUGACCAUGAGGACCUACAACAUCAAUGCCAUGAGCUUCACACCUGAGGAGCUGGUGCAGGAGGUCCAGAAACAUGUUCCUGAGCUCGAGGUGAUCUACAGCGUGGAUCCAGUCAGACAAGCCAUUGCUGACAGUUGGCCAAUGAACUUCGAUGACGACAAUGCCCGGAAGGACUGGGGAUGGAAGCAUGAUUAUGAUCUUCCUGAAUUGGUGACCACGAUGUUUAAUUUCCUUGGCUCUGAGUCGAGGAUUGCCCAAGCUAAUUGACAAACAUUGGACAAAAAUUGAUUUCCAGUCCCCAGCAAAGGACCAGGGAGAAACUGUUCAGCUGUUCAAACUGUUUAGUUUAGAGUUCCAAGUCUUAUAGCAUGUAAAUUGCAAACUUUCUACAAGUAGCAAUAGAACUGGGAUUGACGUACUGUAGAUGGAUUUACUGUCUUGAGUAGAGGGUACCAAACAGACAAAACAGUACCAGGUUAUUCAGGUAAACCUACAACACCAGUGAACAUGAAGCAUGUAGGCAGGGUUCUUGGAUUUUAGCAUUUUAGAAACUGGGGAAAAAAGCAUCUCCAGUAGGGCUAAAAUUAUCAAAUCAUUCCUAUUGCCUGAAUUUCCUUCUGAAAACAACAAGAGGCAGCACUGUAAAACCUUGUGUUUUAGGCAUAUACUGCAGAGUGAACAAAUUGUACAUUUUUCUUCAUUUCCUUAGUGGAAGUGCCUAGUUAGAAAUUUGUAGGAAGGUGAGAGUGUGCUUUUCCUGUCUCUUCUGGCAGUUAAGCAGACAGAAGUGCCACUCCAUAUUCAUACUUUGCAAUGGCCAUUAUAAUUUUUUUUAUAAAAAAAGAAACCCUCUAAUUAGCAGUUCCUUCUUUAUAGACAUAGUGCUAUGUGUGCCUGCAUUUUUCUUCACACAUGAGAUUGAAAUGUUUGUGGUAUUAUUUCUGUAAUGCCCAUAAAUGUGAAGGGGAAUAAGACUUGAAUUCAUUAUGCUUUAAAAAACACAAGGUUUUCAAGACAAGCUGUUUAUGUCCUUUGAAACUUGCUUCUGGCUUCAGUCUUAUUUUAAAGAUGGAUCUGGGAUAUUAAAAUCUAUAUUGUGUAUGUGACUCUAUCCUGUUUAAAGCAGUUGAUGCCAGGGAAUGAGAUUGCCUUUAACUAGCACCACUUGUGGCCUGAUACCAGUCAGAUUUCCUGUAUCAGUGGAUAGCAGCUUACUGUAGGAAGCAUAUUUUAAAGGUGGGCUGUGACAGAGUCACUUGCACUGAAGCUGAGUUAGUCUUUAAAAUACCUGUUCAUUCACCUCACAUUUUGUACGCUGUGUAUAUGUGUAUUUGUAUAUUAUUUAUAUGCAGGUACUGUUUUUAAUCUCAGAGGAGGGGAAUUCAGAGCUGAGACUGUACCAGCACUUAUUUAUUAUUUCAGGGUUCAAGAAACGGAGCCAAAGCUAGCUUUCUAGUUUGUUGUUCAAAUCUGGCACUUCAAAAAAAAAAAAAAAAAAAAAAAAAAGAAAAGAGAAGAGUUCCUUCAGUCACUGAAUUCAUGUGAAGGUUUGAAUGGAUGUUUAGACUUGAAGAAAUAAAGUUGUGAUUAAUGUCCAGCAACCACCUCUCUCUAGGGCAGGGCAAGUUCACCAAAUUUGCCACUAAAUUCUAGCUGCAGUUGAUAAGGGCUAUCUCACUUGACUUGCACGCAGAGGAGAUUCUGGGAGUGACCAAUGAGUUUUAAGGCAAGCCCGUUUCUGAGUUUGUUACAUGGGUCUCUCCUGCUGCCAAGGAGUCUCAUUACUCAUGCAAGGGAAAUAAAAGUACCUUUGGGUUUCGAUUUUCCCCGUCCUUCUUUUUUAACUGAGGAAAAGUUUGUGUUACCAAAGGACACUUUCCUUUUUCCUCCCCUUCCUUCCUGUUGCUUGUAAUACUGAGAUGACAUGUUGCAGCCAUAAUUCAGAGGCCAUUAAUCUACUGUCCCUUAAAUGGGAACGCUCCACUGGUUUUACAGAAAUAAGUCUUGUGCUCUUGUCUGUUAAUUUGCUGGUUAAAAAUCAAACUUAUCUUUAUUAAAGUGUACUUAACAGAAACAUCUCCAAGGUUCCCAUUGAGUAGGGUAGAAUUUCUUGUCAUACCCAUUCCUUGCCCUCACAAGCUGGGUGUUAGAUCUGGUGGGUAUACAUGAAGUGGGGGUAUGUCUUUUUGCCCCUUUCCCUAGUUCUAGGUCUCAUUUUGUCUAUCCAUGGAAGGCAAAGAAGAGGCUCUCAGCAGGGGAAAAGUAAAACCUACUUUACAAAAAUGGCAGUCUUCGUAGAUGCAAAUCUGAGCUAUCUGCUGUUUAUGGAAGUAGUGCAUAUAAACUGGAUUUGGGGAUUCCAGUUUGUUUCAAAUGAAAAAAUAUACGUAUUUUAUGUUAGUGUUUUGCUUUUAAAAUCACAGGAAUUUCCUUAUAAGAAGCUUAAGUUAUUUUUGGUCCUAUUUUCAGUAUAAAACAUGGAGGUAUCUACAGCUUUAAAACCUGUCUGGUAAAAGUUUUACUGGGCAAACUUGCCGUGGACAAUAUUUUGUUACAUUGCCUUACCCUAUUCUGCAGUGCUACAGUCUUGUGUUCCCUCCAGAUAUGAUAACUGACCAGACGGAUUUUUCUUUGUAGGGGAGCCAGUACUGUGAGAGGAAGAUUUUUUUUUUUUUCUCCUUAAAGUAACCUCAAAUGCAGAUUCUGUUAUAAAACUCUGUUUUAAGAAUUCAUUGAUAAUUGUUGAAUUUGUAUAGGUUUGCAUUUUGUAUGUCUCUUUUCCCUCCACUUAAUGACAAAAUAUGCAUUUCCAGCUAUUUCUUUGAAAUUAUAAUAUAUAUAUAUAUAUAAUCCAGGGAUGUGUUCUUGUGCUGAAAUGUUUAAAAAUGUGUUUACAUUUCUGAAAAGACAGGAUUAUAUCUUUGGUCAUUGCGCUGAUUGCAUUUGAACUACUUGAUAACGUUUGGCCCAGUGGGUCAGUAAAGUUGAUCUUGGACAAAGUACCAGUACCCUCAAAGAAAAGAUUUAUUAACAUUACUGUUCUCCUCCCUGCCCAAAGAGGCUUCUUAGUAAAGUAUCUUACCCUUUGUUUCAGAAUGAAUGGCUUUUUACACAAUCUCAAGUCCAUUCCAGGCUUUCACCAUCCAAACCAUUCCAAUGCACAAUCUUUGAAGAGCUGCUGAUGCAUCCAACCCCACUUCUGAGCUGCAGUUUAAGUUAUAGUCUGUUCUACUCAUAGAGAGAAAUUCCGGUUCAGACUAAAAAACAUGAAUUGAAAAGAAAAUGUACUCCUAGUCUGAGCAGAAGCUGUGCUUGGAUGUGUAGUUAUGAAUGCAAGGGUAGAUUAUUGAAUUGCAUGGUGGGAUUUGAGGCUGCCACAUUCAGAAAUAUAGGUUUUAUUUAUUUAUUUAUUUUUUCCUAUUGAACAACAUUCUCUAACUUUGAGGUGGCCAUAUUCCUGCUUUUUUCUGUUUUAAAUAAACUGUACUGUAGUAUACAGCCAUUUUAAGAAGAUGGCAGCAAUGACCAAGCAAUACUAUUGUAUCCUUUCAAGAAGGUGAAAAACUGAAUCUAGUUAGUGUCCAAGGCCCGACAUUACAUACUAGACUGGUUAUGCAUACACUUUCCCUUUCUCUGGCUCUCCACAUUUUGAAUGCUGUUGUUUUAAUGUCCCCUGGAUUAUAAUUGUUUAACAUAUUACAGAAUUGUAAUUGUUUUCUUGCCAGGAAGAAGAUAAACUUUUAGGGGUGAGACUUCUCUCCUGAUAUUUGGAUGUUGUAGCUGUUAUGUUAACUAUUUGGAAAAAAGAUUUUAAGAAUAUUUUUUCAAAUGUUGUUAGGUCAUGGAUGAUGCCUACUUUAAUAAAGUCCUAUGCAAGUA